AGUUUCAGUUUCAAUUUUCAAACCAAAACUCCAUAGCCUCUCUCUCUCUCUCUUAAUGGAAGAACUCGUACCGAGCUCGUCUGAACCUCUCUCUCCUCAAACCCUAGCUUCCUUCAGAUCCUUCAUCAUAAACCCCUCCACUCCUCAAUCCAAAAUCUCCUCCAUCUUCGAAACCCUAACUCGCUCUCUCCAACUCACUCCCGACUCACUCGUUCUCAAACUCCUCUCCGAACUCGCUUCCCGCCACUCCAACCUCUCGCACCUCGUCUUCGACUCGGUCCGCUCCAACUCGCUCCUCUCCUCCGAGUCGAUUCGCCUCGCCGCCGAGUCACUUGACGCGCUCGCCUCGAUAUCAAACACCGAUCCGACACUGUCCACCGCCAUUGACGAGCUCGACGAUCGGCUAUUCGUUUCCCUCUGCUUCGGCCCCUCCGUUUCCUUACGGUCGUGGCUUCUCAGAAAUGCAGAGAGGUUCAGAAUUAGUCCGUAUUUGUUGCUUACUCUGUUUCUAGGGUUUACUAAGGAUCCGUACCCUUACGUGAGGAAAAUCGCUCUGGAUGGACUCGUCGGUGUGAGCAAUUCCGCUGUGAUCGAAGAUCGCAGUAUGAUCAACAGUUGCUAUUUCCGUGCCGUUGAGCUGCUCAGCGAUAUGGAAGAUCAAGUGAGAUCCGCUGCGAUUCGCGCGGUCAGUGCUUGGGGUCUGAUACUUGUAGCAUCCAACCCAGAGACAAAACUGUACUGGUCAGAUGACUUAUUUGUCAAGCUCUGUUCUAUGGGACGUGAUAUGAGCAUGGAGGUCCGGGUUGAAGCUUUUGAUGCCCUUGGGAAGAUAAAUUUGGUAUCUGAGGAUAUUCUUUUGCAAACCUUAUCUAAGAGAGUCCUAGCAAUCACAAAGGAAAAGAGAUCCCUUGGGCAGUGCCCUGCCGAACAAUUUGAAAUAUUGGCAUCCAAUGUAGCUGGAGUUUUGGUGCAUGGGCUUGAGGAUGAAUUCUAUGAGGUUAGAAAGUCUGCCUGUCAUUCCUUGUGCACACUUACCAUCAUCUCUGCUGAGUUUUCUGGUGAAGCAUUAAACUUGUUAAUGGAUGUACUAAAUGAUGACUCAAUGUUUGUCCGGUUAGAAGCUUUGGAAACUAUGCUGCAUAUGGCAACCUGUGGCCAUCUAAAGGUGCAAGGAACACACAUGCACAUGUUUCUUGGCACUCUACUGGACAGUAAUACGCUCAUAAGAUCUGCUACUAGGAAAAUACUUAAACUGGUGAAGCUGCCAAAUAUAGAAAUGUUUAGAUUAUCUUUUGAUAGCCUCAUUGAAAAUUUGGAAAAACAUCCACAGGAUGAAGCUGACAUAUUCUCUGUUUUGUUUCACACUGGUUGUAAUCAUGGGAAAUUUGUUGUCUCCACUAUCAAUGAGGCUUCGGAGGAGAUAGAUCAAGCUUCUGAAGGUAAGUUGGGCUUUGAUAGCGCAAGGGUGGCUGCAUUACUAGUUCUGGCCAUUUCAGCUCCACUCUCACAUGGAGAGCGUGUUUGCAGUAUCCCACCUAGAAUAUUUUCAUAUGCUGUUACAUUGCUAGGAAGGAUCUCUCGUGCUUUAACUGAUAUUAUGGAUCAAAAUGCCCUUUUGGCUUACUUGUCUCAAUGCAGUAUAUCAACAACAUUCUCUGCCACAGAGUUAAACAUCAGAAGGGGGGAGCCAUGCUUACCUGUAGCUAAUAUUGAGAUUCCAAAUGACACUAGCAAUGAGAUUGAUGGUUCUACUAGGACAUCAUCGCAGCAAGAAAAAGAUGGGGCUUCCAAACUUCAGUCUUGGACAAUGAGGGAGCCAUUGGAAUUAGCAGCUCCACUGGGAGGAUUCCAGGUUGAGGUUCGUGAUGAAGUAAUGAAGCCCAUAAAUCUUAUCCUUGCAAAGGUCAAAGAUAUUUGGCCAUCAAUACAUUCAGGGUUCACCAACGAAGUACUAAGGACUCUGAGGAAUUUCAAGGAAGAAUUGGCAACAUUCACCUCAGACUCACUUGGGACUAUUGGUGCUGUAGCAUUUACAUUACAAUAUCUCCAGGUAAUUAAGCAGCUUGCAAAGGUAUGGGAACACUUCCUGCCUGCAAAAAAGCUUUGUUCUUCUGGGUUGGGAGAACUGGACCUUAUAUUGGGAAAACUAGACAUGAGGCUUAGAGAACUGAGAAGUAGGUUUACUGGGUUGUCUAUGGAACAGGAGUUGCAAAUCUUGGAGCUGGUACUUCUGACCUGUACUCUCAGGUUGUGUAAAGUUGAAAUCUGCUGCCAUUUUGCUACUUUGAAAAAGCUAUCUACUACAGUGUCGCGUGUUGAAUCCAUUCUCAAAUCAGCAAAUAUUGAACCAACCAUUUUCAUUAGUGAGGUUGGAAAAUUGCUCUGCCUAAAUGAAACGUCUAGUAGUGAAGCUUCCUGCAAUCCAUUUAUGUUCAAGGAAUUGCUUAAACAUUUCUCCCUUUCACAGUUUGUGCUUUGCGGAAGACUAAAUCAGAUAAAGGCAGAACUGACUAUUCCUGAUAAUGACUCUGAAAAUCCUCUUCCUUUUGUUUCACGACUACCUGUUGGUAUACCAUGUGACAUUACUCUUCAUAAUACAUCAAAUGAGAAUAAAUUGUGGCUGAGAAUGAGUAUGGAUGACGAGUCAACUCAGUUUGUCUUUUUGGAUUUGAACCUCUUUGGAAGCAGUGAUGAGGUAAGGAAAUUCACAUAUGUUGCGCCCUUUUACAAAACCCCCAAUGCAAUUUCUUUCACGUUGAGGGUCUGUAUGGGUAUGGAAUGCUUGUUUGAGGAUGUUCUGUCUGUCAAAAAAUACGGGGGUUCAGAACGUGAGCUAACAUAUCUUUGCCAAGAAAGGGAAGUUCAUCUCUCCAUGAUCAGUGAACACUGAAUGGUUAAUUUUAUCUUGCCAAGGCAAUUCAAAACAUUAUUCUCUCUCAAUCUAAGGUAUCUGCUAUCUAAGAAUCAAUGGAUCAAAUGACGGUAGACCUUAUGGUCAUUUCACUCAUCUGGAAGGCCUGAGAAAGAUAUUCAUCUUGCUUAAGGGUCUAGACCAGCUUUAUAUGGAAUAAGGUUAGGCUUAUUUUUAACUGGAGACGAGUCAUUGAUUUUCAAGCACUGGAGAACAGUUGAUUUUUGUAAGAAAGCUGAAGAUAUAGGAGCCAGCUCAUUUAUGCAUAAACCUCCAAUUUUAUUUCAAGAAUCACUUCUGGUUACCUCUCCCCUCUUUCAAGUUGUUUGCUUGGCCAUUUCAUUGAAGUUGGAUGCCAUGGAAGCAUUUAUCAUAAAUGUCGGUGCAUUCUAAAAGCCUAAAAUGGUGAAAGAAUUCAUAUAUUUUCAGCUGUGGAAAUUCGCAUGGUAUGUCUCAAGUAUGAAGUAUGGGCUGAUCUUUUAAGAAGAUGAUGGAAGAACUGCUUGUUCCUCUGACUUUGUUCUGAAAAUCCUAUUUAAUAUCUAGUCCUCUUAAAGAUGCCUGCCUUUGCAUUGUUGUUGAACAUGGAAGCGUAGGAAUCUUCCGGAUCAGUUCUUUUGUAUUGUGCAGUGGUAAGUUUUGGCCCUUCAAAUGUUUUCUUUCCUUUUUUUUUUUCGUAUUGAUAAUUUAAUCGUUAUGUAAGUUUAUAUACACUUGGUUUUGAAGGGGAAAACAGGAGUGGUAUAUAGUUUACUCUACUCGAAAAUACCCUUCUUCCUGAUGUAAAUUAUUAAGGCACGUUUUGCAUUGCGGCAUCCUCUUCA